UACAAAGAAAUAAUAUAACCUCUAACGAAUUAAACAAUUUUAAAUCAAUGAAUUUUAUUUAAUUUAGAGUCAUGUUAUUAUCAAUAAAUGUGGUAACGCGUUGUACAAGUAUUAAGCAGUCCUACAAAGUAUUAUGUAGAUGCGCAUCAACAAGCAAAGUUAAUUGGCAAAUAAGGAGUGAUGAUGGUGGUUCAGUGCAUAUCUUUGAUAGGAACACCAAAUCCCUGCAAAGGGAAAGGGCGGCGGUGGCCAAAGAUGUUAAUCUGUAUGACUACUUGAAGGAUGAGAUUGGAUACAGACUUGCAGACAGGGUCUAUGAUAUCAAGAGGAAAUUUAAACUUGCUGCAGAUAUCGGUUGUAGUAGAGGGUACAUAUCGAAGCACAUUUCACCAGAUUCUAUUGAGGAGUUGAUACUCUGUGACACAAGCCAAGCCAACUUGGAUUCAGUAAUCGUCGCGGACGGCGUUAAAAUACGUAAAAAAGUCUUGGAUGAAGAAAACAUUGAGUUUGAACCAAACAGUCUUGAUCUGGUCAUUUCCAGUCUUAAUUUGCAUUGGGUGAAUGAUCUACCAAAAGCAUUUAAAAAAAUAUUAGAAGGUCUUAAGCAGGAUGGUGUCUUCAUGGCUUCUGUGUUUGGAGGAGACACUUUGUAUGAGUUGAGAUCGUCUUUGCAAUUGGCGGAAUUGGAGAGAAGAGGUGGUAUUUCACCUCAUAUCUCUCCAUUUACCGAAGUUAGAGAUAUUGGUAGUCUCUUGACGCGAGCCGGAUUCACGAUGCUAACUAUAGAUACGGACGAAGUUGUUGUUAAUUAUCCAACCAUGUUUGAACUGAUGUGGGAUCUGAAAGGAAUGGCGGAGAGCAACGCCGCAUUGAACAGAAGCUUACAUUUGCAUAGGGACACGCAAUUUGCUGCUGCCGCUAUUUACCAGCAACUCUAUGGGAAGUAUGAUCAAGAUACUGCAGAAAAUAGUGUUCCAGCUACAUUUCAGAUCAUAAAUAUGUUGGGAUGGAAACCGCAUCCAAAGCAACCGAAACCAAUCGAACGCGGAACGGGCGAAGUCUCUCUAAAAGAUUUGUAUAAACUGGAUGAAAUCAUAAAAGAAGUGAAAACCACGAAGAAUGAUGGUCAGAAGGAAUAAUUCUUCUACACCGAAAGGCAAACUCUUACUAAUUGCAUCAACAAAGUAUGGACAUUGGGUAAUGCCUUGAAGUUAUACUAAAUGGAUUGAGUUAAAUAUGUAUAUAUUUUAUUAAAAUGUUUCAAAAUA